AUGUACACCUCCAGACAUCAAUACCCGCCUGAACCUCCAUGUACACCUCCAGACAUCAGCGCCCACCUGAACCUCCAUGUACACCUCCAGACAUCAGUACCCACCAGAACCUCCAUAUACACCUCCAGACAUCAGUACCCACCUGAACCUCCAUAUACACCUCUAGACAUCAAUACCUACUUGAACCUCCAUAUGCCCUUUCAUAUGCACCACUGGGCACCGGUACCCAACCAUGCCUACCUCUACACCCCUACUGACAAUGUGUAUGUGUCUCAGGUUGAGACAAUAGGUGACGCCUAUAUGGUAGUGUCAGGACUACCCAUCACUAACGGUGACCAGCACGCGGCUGAGGUGGCUUCUAUGGCCCUCAAACUCCUCUCUGCUGUCAAGAAGUUCACCAUCAGACACCGGCCGGGCGACACACUCAAGCUCAGGAUUGGCAUCCACUCAGGGCCGUGCGUGGCGGGAGUGGUUGGUCUUACUAUGCCUCGAUACUGUCUUUUUGGUGACACUGUUAAUACGGCCUCUAGAAUGGAGUCAACGGGUGAGGAACUCAGGAUACACAUCUCCAAUGCCCACAAGCUUAUGCUGGACAAGUUGGGCGGCUACAUUGUGCAACAGAGAGGCCUCACUUACGUCAAGGGCAAAGGUGAAAUGAUGACUUGGUGGCUGGUGGGUGAACAACAACCAGGAUCCCGGGGAAUCCCUUGCCCUUCAGAACCUCUACUCUCUACUUCAGGAAGGGAAACUCCCUUACCCCACACUCCUCAGCUUUCACCCCUUACCUCUCAGCCCUCACCCCUUGUCCCUAUGCUUUCACAACUUUCCCCCAACCUUCACCCAACACCCUUCAACUCUCACCCAUUACCCUUCAUGAACCAACACUUUCUGUUCCCAGUCCUCAUUACCCCACCAUUGUGUUGAGUCCUUCUGUCUCUAUA